UUGGAGGAGGCUGAUGUCGGCAGGAGAAGCUCAGCUCCUCCGGAUCGCUCACAAUAACAGAGGAAGGCGCACAACUACCGACCAAUUAAAGCCCGGCCGUUGCGACUUUAGAUCCUGUUUUUGAAGACAAACAAACGGAAACUAAGUACGCCGGUUCCUGCUCGACGGGGCUCGGCUGUCGUCUCUCCGACCUAGCUUUGUCCUCCGCAGCUGUGUCGGGUCGCUGCUAAACUAACACUAACAUAAGAGCGGAAUAUGGCUCAGCAUGGACAUCAUGUAGCCAGCUCACAGAAAGCACUGAUGCUGGAGAUGAAGAGUCUCCAGGACGAGCCGGUGGAAGGGUUCAAGAUAACUUUGGUGGACGAGUCGGACAUGUACAACUGGGAAGUGGCGAUCUUCGGACCGCCGAACACGCACUACGAGGGGGGGUAUUUUAAGGCUCGGAUCAAGUUUCCUGUCGACUAUCCGUAUUCUCCACCUGCUUUCCGCUUCCUCACCAAAAUGUGGCACCCCAACAUUUAUGAGAACGGGGAUGUGUGUAUCUCGAUUCUCCAUCCACCAGUGGAUGACCCACAGAGCGGCGAGCUGCCUUCAGAGAGGUGGAACCCCACACAGAAUGUUAGGACCAUCCUGCUUAGUGUCAUCUCCCUGCUCAACGAGCCCAACACAUUUUCUCCAGCCAAUGUAGACGCGUCCGUCAUGUACCGCAAGUGGAGGGACAGCAAAGGCAAGGACAGGGAAUACAUCGAGAUCAUCAGGAAGCAGGUGCUGGCUACCAAAGCUGAAGCAGACCGCGACGGAGUCAAAGUUCCUGUCACGUUAGACGAGUACUGUGUUCGCACCCAAGUCCCACCCACAGACGACGGCUCCAACCUCUUAUACGACGACUACUAUGACGACGAGGAGCUGGACGAGGACGACGAGGACGAGAAUGAAGACUGUUGCUAUGAUGAGGAUGACUCUGGCACCGAGGACUCAUGACCAGCUCCCUGUGAUGUCACCCACGCCGCCUUCUCCUCACCCCUGGCCACAUUUUAUUCUCACCCACAUACAUGUUGCUUUUUUUUUUUGGUCAUGGACUGAACUUUAACCCCCUCCUCCUUUCUUCUAAAUCCUCACCUACCAUGGGCCCCCCGUCCACCCUCCCACACGUGCAGUCGCCAUAAACACACUAAAGCCUGAUGCAUCGAAGAAAAGGGAACAAAAAAAGCUGCAGAGUUGUUUUUGGUUCUUUCUCACAUGUUAUCUUUUGCUUUAAAAAAAAAAAGGUCUAAAUUUAGGUUACGCAAAUUAAAACAGCAGGAUUACUAAAGUUAUACUUUGAGUUUUCCCUCAUCUUCUAGUCAUUAGUUGCACUGCUACGCCCCAAUUUUUAAGAAAAAAAAAAUCUUUGCAAGCUUUUUAGCUCCACAACCUAGUUCUUCCACAGAUAUUGAGCAGAUAACAGCUUUAUUGCCCAUGUUUCUCUUCUGCUCAACAGUGGACACUUCUUUUUGCAUCAUCAUUAGGCAGGAAUGUAACGACAGAGAUCAGAUCACUGUAGAAGAAGAAGAAGAAAGAAUCUGCAAAGAAAGGCGACGAAUGAACAAUGCUACACAGUUUUGCAUUUGCAGGAAAAAAAGCUGCUCAUUUCUGUCUCUGAGCCAUGUGUUUGACCCGCAGGCUGCCAUGCUUCACCUCUGACCUUUUUAAAGCAGCAGAGUUCACGCUGCGCCAAGCAGGGACGUCAUCCGUUUCAAAAGGCCGCUCACACUCCCUUGUGCCUUCCUUUUUCCAUAACAUCUCGGAUCUCAGAGACUGGCGGCCCAGUCAAAGCUCCUUCAAGCCCGACACAUAGAGGUGGCAGAGGACAAUGUUCAGGCUCACAGUAAAGGGUGCAAAUAUUGCCAAAUUGAUUGAACAGCUCUCUGCUUAUUCAUAACAGCACCUGUCAGAUAUGUCAGGGGUGUGAGUGAGAGAGGUAAAAUCCAACAGCUGCUCAAAAGAAAGGAAUGUAGACCAAAUGUUCUUACUGCCACACAGCCUUCACCAUUCAAGCACAUGCUGCUAUAAGCCUGGAUGCAUUAAAAAAAAAAAAAGAAAAAAAUUAAGCCUACUGCUGCUCAUGAAAUCCAAUUUACUGUAUUUAAAAGAAUAGAGAAGACAAAACUAUGCAGUCAGUGUUUGUACUUUUUUUUUCUUUCUUUUUUUUUUUGAAACUUGCUUUGCUUAAAACCUGGCAGCAAAACUGAGUCCUGCAACAGUGUGAACAGUAAAGCAGCUUGAGAUCUCAGUGCAUCUGUGAGAGGUUUGUAGUGGCUGUGUCAUCGGCUAGAGGUGGACGUGCGCAGCUCUGUCCGGUUUUGUUUGUCUGUGGUUUGUGAAUCUAGUUCAGUAGCACAAAUAUCCACAGCAGGGGAGUUGCAUUAUACACCAAGCUUUAUAGAGUUUGCCCCCUACUGGUGGAUGCAUGUACAAACAAGGAUUUUACUCUGAAAUGCAAAGCUGCAAUGCAGCCAUCUUGACUUGCCAGAAUCCGUGAACCCUGUUACCUCGGAGGAGAUCAGGUGCCGGUGUGAGUGAUUCAGUUGAAUGGAAAAUGGCCUAAUGAAUAUGUAGACCAAGGGGUUUUAUUUUCAGCCUAUUGUGCGCCGUCAGAUGCCCUCCUCCCGCCACCAACCUAGAGGUCUCCAUUGCGCACUUAUAUUACCACAGUCCAGCAGUAUUUAAAUGAAAUGUUCAACAUCACUGUAACCCCGUUUCUUCUGUGUGAAUAUUCAGUGAUGAUCAUGUGCGUGUAAGGAAAGAGGAAGCACAAACUGGGAAGGCUGUGGGCAAGGGUUCGUCUCUGAGCAUGAGCAGGAAAAUGUGGUCUUUCACUCGCAUGUUUAUGUAUUUGUGGUUUUAGAUCUGCUAGAAGGGGCUUAGAGUGUGUUGGGGUUUGUUUUUUGUUUUUUUUUUCUCUGCAAUUAUGACUUAUUUCCUAAUUGUGGUGUGAGCUGCAAUGUUUUCUUAUGUAUUAGGGGUUAUUGGCUUGACUGUUAAGAUGCCACAGUUGUACAUGGAGGAAUGGCAACAUGUAUACGAUUAUCGACAUAAAUGUUCUUCUGAAACUAACAUCACACUCUGUCAUGCACCAUCAGUUCUGGGUAAUUGACCAGUGUCCAGGAUAUGGUCUAUGAAUGACACCCCCCUCCCCUGCUUUUUCUGUUUUUCUUUAGUUGUUAAAGGUUUUGGGAGAAUGGGAUUUACCAUUUUGUCAGACUACUGUUUGUGUAGUCCUUGCUCCGCCUUCACCCACCCUGAGUUCAUUGAGCUCAGAUAGGUGGCAGCAUCACUGAGAGGAAAACCCAGCAGUUCAGAAAACAACAAGAACCUCAUGGAGAGGGAAAAAAGAAAGCAAACCAAGAUAAAAAAUCCUUUUCCAGCUGAGUGAACCUAACCCGGGGGGAGGACUUGCCUUUUGGCUUCAAAGGACUGUUUACAAUCUCUACCUUGAUAUGCACAUGUGGAUAUUUUGACGAUCACUUGAUGUGUUUUUUUUUUCUUCUUUCUUUCUUUCCUGUUUAUAUUUUCCUUUUUUUUUCUUAUGGUUUGUAAAACUAUUUAAAAUCUGAAAUAAAGCUCUUUAUUAGAUGCUG